UCUUGGCAAGAACCACACUGCUUAUAGUUAUAGCAGAUGAUAGUCAUGGGUUUUCCAAGUCCUAGCUUGGCUCCUUUUCUCACUUUGUUUCUAGUCUUCUUUGUGGCUGAUGGGCAGUCUUCGGUUCGCCCAUUUUUUAUAUUUGGGGACUCUGUUGUUGAUGUAGGGAACAACAACCACAUCUAUACCUUUAUAAAAGCAAACUUUCCUCCGUACGGAAGAGAUUUUGUUACUCACGAAUCAACUGGGAGAUUCUGCAAUGGAAAGCUAGCCAUAGACUUCAUUGCUGACCUGCUAGGCCUGACUUAUCCACCACCUUAUCUUAGCGGAAGAGAUAGAGGAACAAACCUCUUGAUUGGUGCCAACUUUGCCUCAGCUUCUUCUGGUUACUAUGAUGCUACAGCUAACCUAUAUCGUGCGAUCCCAUUGAGUAGGCAGCUGUGGUACUACAGAGAAUAUCAGAAUAGGUUGGCUGCAGUUGUAGGGAGAUCAAAUGUUGCAUCAAUAAUAUCUCGUGCAAUCUUCCUUGUUAGUGCUGGGAGCAGCGACUUUCUUCAAAACUAUUACGUUAAUCCUCUUCUCUACCUGGCCCUUCCUCCUGAUCGGUUCUCAGACCUUCUCAUACAAUCAUAUACGCGUUUCAUUCAGAGACUCUAUGCAUUGGGAGCAAGGAGAAUUGGAGUGACAACACUGCCGCCAAUAGGAUGCUUGCCAGCAACUAUAACAAUAUUUGGGAUGGGUAGCAAUGUGUGUGUGGAAAGGUUAAACAACGAUGCGGUUUCCUUCAAUUACAAGCUCAAUGCCACAUCUCACUGGCUGCAAAAUAACCUCCAUGACCUCAAAUUGGUGGUCUUUGAUGCCUACCAACCUCUCUAUGAAAUUGCCACAAACCCUUCAAAACAUGGGUUCUUUGAGGCAAGGAGGGCUUGCUGUGGAACAGGCUUGCUAGAAACGUCAAUACUAUGCAAUCAGGAAUCGAUAGGGACGUGUGCAAAUGCAUCAGAGUACGUAUUCUGGGACGGUUUACAUCCAUCGGAGGCUGCGAACUAUUAUUUGGCUUCCAGGUUGGCGCCGAGUGGCAUCUCCCUGAUCACCCCGUGAUAUCGUUGAGAGUUGGGUUAACAUGAUUAUUGUGGUUUUACUCGCAACAUAGACGGCAAAAGAUGAUAGAUUUAUAUGAAUAGAGAGAUCAU